AAUACCAAGAUUUGUUGACGGUUGACAGUCGAGCAAAAAUGUCACGUCUUUCAGGUAUAUUAGGUAUAAUCGUUGUCAUAAAAAUUGCCAUAUGUGCUUCAGAAAACUUUAGGAAUAAUAAACCUCAGUCUAGGGCAGCAACUUUUCAUUUUCCGGAGUACGCGUACAAAGAAACAAGCAAAAAUGAAAUCACCUAUCACGAUUACGAGCUAGCCUGUGGACAAAACUCACAAUGUGUUAAUGCCAAUUCAGCUAUGGUUUCCAAAUUAAACUGCUUAAGGCAAUGUAUAUCGCAUUCUUGCUAUCAAGAUAUAUAUGCUUUUGAUGAGCUUGAAGAAGGCGAAAUCGAUGUCAGAACGAAUUCAUUUAAAGGUUGCGUUAUACAACGUAUGUAGCACAAGGCCCCAAUCCUAUAUCGAUUGUAUUUGACAAACUACCUGCAGGAACUGCAAUGGAAGAUUUCCGAGUAUAUUUAUAAAUGGAUAUAAAUUGGCUUUUUUCAAAUGCCUACAUCAACAAUUUUAAAUUUCGAUUGGUAUCAGAAAACCAUUUUGGUAAAAAUGGGUGACUUUAAGAAAUAGGUUAAAGAAAAAUAAAAAAUACUUAAAAAAUUAUAAUGUGCGCCAAAUUAGGGUCGAUUUUUGGCACUUGGUAUCGGAAAAAGAAUAGCACAAAACCAAAUAAAUUUAAAUGCAGAAUUGCAAAAGAUGAAA